UGGAGCCGUAUGUAAGUUUUGGCUUUGAUAAAGGAACAUGUUUAAAGAUGCAGGGCAAUCUGGCGAGCCCAGAUUCAGACGUUUUUUGAAGAACUUUGUGUUCGGAGUUCAGGCCAGUUAAAUUGUUGGAUUUUUCUUGAGAGCUCUCAGGCCCAUGGGACUGAGAUGUCUCUCUGGGUUUUUCUGUCUUAUGACACCUAUCUGUGCUGUGUGAAUUCUCUGCCAUCUGGCACCUCUCUGUUUUGGGAUUUCUUGCCUUUUGGCUCUUUGUGUCCUGGGAUUUCUUACCUUUUGGGAUUUCUUGCCUUUUGCCUUUUGGAUUUCUUGCCUUUUGGAUUUCAUGCCUUUUGGAAAUCUCUGUCUGGGACACAUCCAAAUUAUGCACCUCUUUGUCUCCUGGGAUUUCUUGCCUUUUGGGUUUCUUGCCUUUUGGAAACCACUUAUCCAAGUUACGCACCUUUUUGUCUCCUGGGGCUAGCAAUUGCAACAAGACACGGCCCAAGAACAACAAUCGCAACAGCAGACGCAGCAGGAGACGCAGCAAUCGCAACAACAGGCUUACCAGCAACAGUACGAGCAGCAAAGAAACGCCAACUCCAGUCAAGGAUUCGACUACUACAGCCAGUUCCAGCAGACUCAGCAGCAGUCCCACAACAAGCCGCUGCCGGCACCCUUCCUGCUCAGUUUGGCUACCCAUCAUUUGACUACUCUGCGUACGGCCAAGUCAACCAGACUCCAUUGGGAUCCAUGGCUUCCCCAGGCUACUACCAGGUGAACACCGCGAAGACGGCCAUUCCAAGCGCUGCUUACCCCUUUCCACUUGUUCUUUCAAGCCGAGAACACUGCUUAUGUACAAUGGACUGGAUGGAGCGACGCGAUGGUCUAGAAGACUCUGUAUUGUUGUUUCACCCACGUAUAGUAGACGCCGAUCACGGUUUGAUUGCCCAUGCAGAUCAAACAGCACGGCUCAAUCACCCAUCGGCUUUUGCCUCAAAAGUCAUUGGAAACCCAAACAGUUCAAACUCAGGAUAACAUGUCAGUUGAGCCCCGAGAAAGCGAGAAGGGCCAGGAGGGA